GUUAUCGUUUAGUUAUGGUACAUUCAGGAGGUGAUUCUGAAAACCGAAAAAGUGUUUGGUGUUUUUGCAACGAGCUAAGUUUACGCAGCCUUUUUAAGACAUGAUUUAAACAUCGGUUCUUCUAGUCAUGGAUGGUGGUUGUAAAUUUUAUCGAUGUUGGAAUAUAAUGGGAUAUGACGUCGUCCAGUGGAGCGAAAAGCAGAAGAAUAAUAAGAUAGUGAUUAGGUGAAUGAAUGCGGAGAAGAUUAUUGAACCCCAGGAGAAGGAUUGGUGGUUAGCUGAUUUGCUGAUUCCUAUCUAUUUCAGAUAAUUAAAUGACUCACGAGAGCAUUGCAUGGUGAUAUCGUAAGUGGGUCUCAAGGACCAGAGAGCACUAGGACUCAAGAAAUUAUGGCCUACGAUAAUGGAAUGGGUUUGUUUUAAUUCGCUGUCGUGGUGAAUUUUAAAAUGCGAUACGAUGAACGGCAUGAAAUAUGCAGAACAAUUCAAGUGUUAAUGCCUUCUGGGAAGGAAAUGGUUUGUUUGUGCAAAUGGUGCUCUCACCCGAGGGAAAUUAUAAUCCUACCGCAGCGAGUGACGAUGAAGUGUUGAACGAUUUAGUGCUUCGUGGUGCUCUAGCAGAAUCAAAUGGCAGUGACAAUUUUCUAAGAACGACCGGUUACUCGUCCUAUCUAGCGACGAAACCGCCGUUGUGGGGGAAUCUUGAUGAGUCGUGGUUUCAUCAAACAACUUAUCAACCGGAAAUCCUGUCAAACUCGAAAGACCAAUAUUACGAUAUUGAUCAGCAUACGUUUCUCUAUUAUGCUGAGCUAUUGAGUGUCAUCAACUUCUACUACAUUCCCGCACUGGUGCUUUUUGGAAGCAUCGGUAACGUGCUGUCAGUUUUAGUGUUCUUUAAGACGAAGCUCAAGAAGCUAUCUUCUUCGUACUAUUUGGCCGCGCUUGGUUUAAGUGAUACAUGUUACCUGUUCGGAUUGUUUGUACCGUGGUUAAAUUUGAUAGAUAUUAAGAUCUACACCCUGGAAAUGUACUGUCAGUUUUUCACCUUCUUCAGCAACCUGUGUAGCUUCCUGUCGGUGUGGUUUGUGGUAGCUUUCACCGUUGAGCGCUUCAUUGCCGUACUUUAUCCGCUGAAACGACAGACGAUGUGUACCGUGCGACGUGCCAAGAUAGUGAUAAGCGCCUUGACGCUGAUUGGAGUGUUUAUCAGUUUGCCGGUAAUAUUUUUCGCCUCACCGCAGUUCUCGCCGGCUAUGAACGAAACCAUCUGUGAUAUGCCAGAGGAAUAUAAAGACCAGAUGACAGUAUUCAACUAUCUCGACACGAUUCUGGUUUUCAUCGUGCCGUUUACGGUUAUUGUUGUUCUAAACACUUUCACCGCCCUCACCGUGUGGAAAUUCGCCGGUGUACGACGAACCAUGACAAUGCCUCGAAGUUUUGGCAGCAAUAUUCGUGAAUCCCGGAGACAGCAUCAUCUGCUUAAUGCUUCCUACUCGAACCAGUUAGUUUUGAAUGGGAGUGUCCCCGUUCAGCAAGUUCACCAUUACAGUAGAAGUCGUGUAGCGAACUCACAAAUCAAAGUCACGAAGAUGCUACUGAUAGUAUCCACCGUUUUCAUUUGUUUGAAUCUGCCAAGUUAUGCGGUUAGAGUGAAAAUAUUCUUAGGGACGGAGCACGCUCACCUAAUGGUGCUGGUGCAGAAUUGCUGUCAGCUCUUCUUUAUGACGAAUUUCGGAAUAAACUUCAUCUUGUAUUGUGUAAGCGGCCAGAAUUUCAGAAAAGCCGUGUUUGGAAUGUUCCGUAAACGCAGCACGAGACAAAUAAAUCAGGAGCAAGCUUCCGGCACGCAGAUUACAGGUGAGCCAAGCAUUCCAUUUAGCUAUUUUUGAUAUAUUUAUUUCAUAAUCAUGCAGUGCUGACGGAUGUGUUUUAUUCAUCACGCAGAAAAGAGU